GUCCAGAGCGCAACGGACUACCGCUUCUGCGGUCGGGGCUGUGGAGGGGGGCCGGGCGGGCGGGCGAGAUGGAGACUGAGUCGAAGCUGAAACUACACCUGCGCCCCUUCUGCCUCAGCGUGAAGGGCCCUGUAAAGAUGCUGCGACUGGUACUAACUGUGACAUCUAUGACCUUUUUUAUUAUUGCACAAGCCCCUGAACCAUACAUUGUUAUCACUGGAUUUGAAGCCAUUGUUAUUUUCUUUUUCAUAAUUUUAUAUAUCCUCAGACUUGAUCGGAUGAUGAAAUGGUUAUUUUGGCCUUUGCUUGAUAUUAUCAACUCAAUGGUAACAACAUUAUUCAUGAUCAUCGUAUCUGUGUUAGCACUGAUGCCAGAAACCACAACGUUGAUAAUCAUUGGAGGAGUGAUUGGAUUUGUGGCAGCACUGUGCUGUAUUGCUGAUGGCGUCCUAAUUUACCGGAAGCUUCUGUUUAAUCCGAGCGGUCCUUACCAGAGAAAAACCGUUCAAGACAAAAAGGAAGUUUUGUAAUUUUAUAUUUCUUGUUAUUUAGAACUAAGUAUUAAAUGUAUUUCUUUAUUCUUU